CAAGAACCAAAACGGCACAGCAAGAAGCAGGGCGACACAACACCACUAUCGCAUCGCGCUUGCUUGCUUGCUUUUGCUUGUCACACUCAUCGCUCUCCCUGUCUCUCUCCCCCCUGUCACUCUUCUGUCUCUUCUCGGCGCACACGCAUUGCGCGAAACAGGAUCCCUCCUCGUUUGUUGUCUCUGCUUUAUCAGGGGCGUAGAUGGAGGGCGCAGAGAAACGCCUCCAGGAGGCAAGUCGGCAGAGCGCCGAGUUACUGGACGAGUUGUUGGCAAGCGGGCGCGCCAACGGCGCCGUCGUCCGCGACCUUAUUCUCACCACCUCCAGCUGUUUCGGCGGCCUUUCAACAUCCAUCACCGAAGAAGCUGCGCACUUCUCUGGUGAGCGGGGCGUCGCGUCAGCCAAACCCAUCACCGACGUCUUUCGCGAAGUGUGCCGCUCCCAAGCAGACUACGUGGAGGAUUUGAAGGAUCAGCUCGAUCGGUUGCAUGAGCUGUACGAGUCCCAGCACCACCAAUACCUCGCCAACCAGAAAACGAUCAAGGCAACGGCGGCGUAUGGGGAUCUCUCCUCCCUAUCGGCCAAAGUGGAGCGCGCGUGCCAAAAGGCGCAAUACACCCAGCUCAUCUUUGAACAGAGGUUGGAGGAAGUUGCACAUCGCAUCAAAGACCACGAUAGCAGUAGCAAUCUCGAGAACGACACCACGCUCUCAAAGCUGCGGGCAAAAGCACAGCAGGCCGCCAGCGAAUAUGAAGCGGCCGUCGCCUCUGUCGUGCAAACGCGCACGGCACUUGAUGAUGCCGUGGCGGAGGCAAGUGGUGUUGCGUUGGCGAGCGAGGAGUACCACAUCAACGCCACACGCGCCGCCGUCCGCAUCUACCUGCAGAGCAUCAAGCAGUUCCACGCGAGCAUGGUGGGCAAGGUGGAGCUGGCGCUGUUGGAUCUUCAGGGCGCCGAGACGCCGGACUGCUGGGCCGCACUCGAGGGACUGAUCGCCAAUCGCACUGACGAGGAGACAGCGGAGCAGGCGGCAGAGUUGGUCGAGGCGUUCAACCAGCGGCCAGUGCUGGACGAGGUGCUGCGUGAUCCCGGCUGCGUUUCCACAUGGACAACUUCGCAUUCGCCACACGCACACGCACACGCACACGCACAUGUUGGGGAGCGGCGGUCAUCAGGAUCGCUCCGACAGCGGCGACUGAAGAGUCCGCUGACGAAACCGAUUGCGUGGAUCCGAUCAAAGCUCCACCGAUCUGAGAAGAGUGGAUCGCCAGGAUCAUCGUCAAGGUCGCGGCGGACCACCAUCGAUGCACUGCCGUCAGAUGACGACGACCACCACCACCACAAUGACGAUGGUGAUGACGAUGGGGAGUUUGAUGAGGAUGACAGCAGCGACCACCAUGACCACCGCCACCACCAUGACCACAACCGUCGCGAUAAUGACAACGCGUCCGCAGAAGACGCAGGCACACGUCGCACAUACGACCACGCCGAUCACGACAACAGCACCAACAACAGCCACAGCACCGACACCACCACUGACGGUGGUGUUCACACGCGAGAACACGACGGUGCUGAUGUUGUGCUGCGGCGUGCGCGACACCACGAGCGACGUCAGGAUCUUGGCGUGCGCCACCGCUACAGCCAGGAGGUGUCACUCGAGGACAGCCUGAACGGCGUGAACGGACUGAACGGUCUGCUAAACAGCAGCGGCGGUGCAGCGAGCAUCGUGGCCAACUCUGCACUGUGCUCGCCGUCAUCGUCGCCACUGCCGCCCGCUGACGGCGAACGGGGGCGGAGUCGCUGUGUCAAGCGCACGCUCACGGCACUCGCGCUCUCUGAUGACGACUUGCCGGACCACCACCACCACCACCGUGAUGAUGAUGAUCACGAUGAUGAUGAUGAUCACGAUGAUGAUGAUGAUGAUGAUGAUGAUGAGGGCGAGUUUGAUGAGGACGAUGAUGACGAUCGAACGGCCCGCGCUGAGCGGCGGCAACGGCGGCAGCAGCAGCAGGAGGAAGAAGAGGGGCAGGAACAAGAGAGGAUAAUGCAGGACAGACACGCGCGCAGCUCACGCGAUGGCGAUGGUGAUGGGUUCUCCAGUGAUGAUGAGUUUGACUUGGACGACACGGCUGACAGCGCUCGAGUGCCCAUGGUUCGUAUCCGUUCGCGCCCCGUCCACCUCCGCUCCAACCCCAACGGCAUCAGCAGUGGUGCUGACCAUGAUGGUGGCCACCUCAACAGUCGCGAUGGUGGUGGUGGUGGUGGCGGUGGUGGCGAUAUCUGGACAUCAACAGGCGGCAGUCCCGCCCACCAUAUCGGUGAUGAAGACAGGUCGAAGCAGCGCGGACACGAUGUAUCAGACGUAGCAGCAGUUGGAGAGACACACGCGAAGAAGAAGACACGCGCACCCCACCAGCGCAGCACUCACGACGACCACGAUGAUGAUGGUGGCGAUGAUGAUGAUGAUGAUGAUGAUGAUGAAUGGCACUCUGCAUUCGACACAACAGACCACGAGUGGGAGAGCCAGGUUGCCUCGCACGCGGCCAGCCCGCUGGAUGUCAAGAACACGUCCCGGGACCAUGCUGCGUUUCAGCCGCUCAUCGCCAGCAGCAACAACACGAGCGCAACAGCAGUCGCAGCAACAGCGGUAGGAGGUGGUGACCGUAGUGGCGAUGGCGGUGGCGAUUGGGCUGUGGACACGACAGCGGACACGCUGGUACUGAGCCCAACCAUUGCGUCGCAGAUGAACGAUUCGCGUGCGAGCAACACGAGCGCAGCCAUUGUCAUUGACGUCGACCAGGGCGUCAUCAGCAACAAUGCCGAUAAUGAUGGUGAUGGUGGCGGUAAUGGAGGUGAGAAUGGUGGCGGUGAGAGUGGUGAUGAUGGUGAUGGAAAGUUGAGUGUUGUGGAUGCACACACCAGGCGUGAUGGCGGCGGUGAUGAUGCGAUGAUUUUACCGCCACCGUCUCCAUUCAUGCGCCCAAGCAGCGCCACAGACCGUGACGAUGGUGAUGGUGGUGAUGGUGUCAUGGGUGAUGGUGAUGGUGAUGAUGGUGGCGCUGUUGUUGCAAAGCCGUCGGCGCAGCGGGCAGUUGAAAUUGACCUCGAUGCUGUCGUGAAGGAGCACAGUGGUGGUGAUGGUGGUGAUGAUGCAGAUGAUGCAGAUGAUGCUGAUCAUGACAGGAAUGGACGUGCGCAUGGUGCUUGCAACCUUGAUGGGGAAUAUGACGACGAUGAUGAUGAUGGGGAAUAUGACGACGAUGAUGAUGACAAUGACGACGACGAUCAGCAGAACACGUCCUGGCGAACGCUUCCAGAUGACGCUGGUGAUGAUGAUGGUGAUGUGCAGGACAAAACGCAGCCAUCGCCAUCAGCGCCACAGUCAUCGACAACAACAGCGGCGAAGAGGACGAGUGGUCGUGGUUCGCUGCUGCUGCGGAAGCGCGGGAGCGGUCGUGUCAGUGGCGAUGGGCACGAUGAUGGUGCAGGCCUGCAACAAGAGCAGCACGGAGAACAGCAGCAGCAGCAGCAGCAGCGAGAGCAACAGGGCGCGGUGGCAUCAGGCGCAACACAUCGUGGCAGCAGCGGGAACGCCAGCGGCAACAGCAGUCGUGGUGGAAGCCGCAGCAUGUUGUUGAAGCGGCGCGGUGGUGGGUCGGGAGCAAGCGAUAGUGAUGGACCCGAUGAUGCUGAUGGUGAACGUGGCGGCGCUGGUGGCGACCGGACUGGUCGUGGUGACGGGGACAAGCGUGGUUCGUUGUCGCGGUUGAAGGGCCGAAGUGCUGAUCUCUUCAUGGCCAGAUACGCCAACAGUCCACAUAUGAGCCGCCGGCAAAAGCCCAUGUCCACAUCCACGUCAUCACCGCACACUCGCAGAACAAGAGCGUCGCUCCCAUCAGCAUCCGCAUCAUCAGCGUCAGCAGCAGCUGUGAGGACAGCGCGACACCAGGGCGGUGCUGGUGAUGGUGAUGAUAAUAGUGGUGAUGGCGUUGGCACGCGUGGAGGUCGGAAGAGUGGCAGUCGACUCAGCAGCAGGCAGGCGAGCGGCAACAAAGGCGCUGGCAACAGCAGCAACAGGAACAGUAUUGGUAAUGGCAGCAGCAAGACGGGCGGUGCAGGGAAUUCUGGCACGCGUACACCGACAGCAGCAGCAACGGCAGCGACAGGUAGUGAAGAUGUUGGACAGGGAGAUCGGAGCGCGGGCGGCAGCAACGAGAGCAGCAACAGCGGCAGUGCGCGAAGCAGCGUGAAGCUUCCCGCCAAGGACGGCAACAGGAUUGCGCAACUGUGCGACGUUUUGGAGGAGGAAGGCGCCCUGUUUACGCGCGACGACGCUGCUGUGGAGGCCGUGCUGGUGGAGAUGGUUGACGCCCAGUUUGCAGGCACCACCGCAUCCCACUGUGACGUCACCGUCAACGGGGAGCUGCUGCUUGGCUUCACGGCCGAUGCCAUGAGCAGCAUGGCGCCGAUGCGUGGCCAGGGCGGCGUGUGCGGCGUUGCGCUCGAUCUCAUUGUCGACCGCGCCACCUACCCGCGCAUCCGCAUGAUCAAGGCACUGCAACCGUUUGUGCACUGGCACGCCGCCAGCGCGCUCCUCCUCCUCCAGCUCGACCCGCUGCUCGAUAUGCUGUCGUCAUCGGCGGUGGUUGUGCGCAACGGGCGGCGCGUCGUCUCAUGCGCCCUCUUCAACCUCCCAGCAAAGGGUCUGCGCGAUGCGCCAUUGCGGCUGAAGGCGUCGUGGCGGUGCGAUCAGGGGGUGGCGCAGGUCAAGAUUGAGUACGCAGCAAACGCACACAUGCACGCGCCGCUCACAGAUGUCUCUGUGCACGUCACCUCCAAGCGUGCCACCAAGGUCACCUCCAAACCGUCAGGGGAGUGGAACCGCGUGCGAAAGGAGCUCGUGUGGUCGAUACCGCGUGUGGAUGUGGCGAAGAAGUCAACGGCUCAGGGCACCCUCUUUGCUCGCUUCUCCCUUCCAACCAAGGGAGUGCCCAGCGUGGCGCGUGUUCACUUCACCUGCAAAGCCGGGCGAAUUGCUGCCGUUCGCGUCCGUGACGGAACCGAAGGGGAAGUGGUUGAGGCGACGCGUGCGCUGUUUGGAAAGCCGCCACCGGGCCCCGUGUGGCCCUUGCUCGUCACACACAUCUCUCAGCACCUCACAAGCGGCAAAUACGUCGUCACACCGCGCUGAACGCAGGACGUGUGCGUGUGUGUGUGUGUGUGUGUGUGUGUGUGUGUGUGUGUGUGCGUGUGUGUGCGUGUGUGUGUGUGUGCGUGUGUGUGUGUGUGUGUGUGUGU